CAUCUUUAUUGAACCCGGUUUUCCUCUUUCUUCGAGCUCUCCUCCCUCGGUUGUUCCGCCACCUUUUCUCUCUCUCUCUCGAUGUCCCUUCUCAAACUUUCUGCUGCAAGCGAUUGGCAAUAAUCUGAACUCCUUUGGGAAAUUUGCCAAUGAUUUGAGUAUUUUUUUUGGUAUCCUGGAGCCAUCUCUGUUGAUUUUAUACUGAUUUUGGCUCUCUACUCGGUUGCAUUUGUGGAGGAUUUUAGUUCUCUACUUGGGGAGCCUAAGAAUGGAUUCUAUGUAUCAUUCUCCAAUUACAUUUACUGGAACUACUGCUUCGGAUCUUCUCCGAAGUUCGAGAAAAGGCGUCAAUGGUGUACCUCUGAAAGCCCUGGGUAGGGCGCGGUUUGGGAUUGUGAGGAGGGAUUUUACUGUCAAUGCGAAGAUGAGGAAGGUGAAGAAGCAUGAUUAUCCAUGGUCAGAUGAUGCAGACCCUAAUGUCAAAGGUGGGGCUUUAAGUCAUCUUUCGCAUUUCAAGCUUUUGAAAGAGAGGCCAAAGCCAGUCACUUUGGAUUUUGAGAAACCCCUAGUGGGUCUGGAGAAAAAGAUCAUUGAUGUACGAAAAAUGGCACAUGAAACUGGUCUGGACUUCAGUGAUCAGAUCAUCUCGUUGGAGAAUAAGUACCAACAGGCAGUAAAGGAUUUAUACACGCGUCUGACUCCAAUACAACGCGUGAACAUUGCUCGUCAUCCUAACAGACCGACAUUUCUUGACCAUGUUUUGAACAUCACUGACAAGUGGGUCGAACUUCAUGGAGAUAGAGCAGGUUAUGAUGAUCCUGCCGUUGUUUGUGGUAUUGGAACCAUAGAUGGUAGAAGUUAUAUGUUCAUGGGUCACCAGAAAGGAAGGAAUACAAAAGAAAAUAUUCAGCGCAACUUUGGAAUGCCUACUCCACAUGGUUACCGGAAGGCUUUACGCAUGAUGUAUUACGCGGAUCACCAUGGAUUCCCUAUUAUCACUUUCAUCGACACACCUGGGGCAUUCGCAGACCUUAAAUCAGAAGAACUAGGCCAAGGUGAAGCCAUAGCUCACAAUUUGAGGACCAUGUUCGGUCUGAAGGUUCCAAUUGUUUCUGUUGUUAUUGGAGAAGGUGGUUCUGGUGGUGCUUUGGCUAUAGGAUGUGCAAAUAAGUUACUAAUGCUUGAAAAUGCAGUUUUCUAUGUUGCCAGCCCUGAAGCUUGUGCAGCGAUCUUGUGGAAGAGUGCCAAAGCUUCUCCAAAGGCCGCCGAGAAGCUGAAGAUAACUGCUACCGAGUUGUACAAGCUGAAAAUUGCAGAUGGCAUCAUCCCUGAACCACUUGGUGGUGCACAUGCUGACCCUUCUUGGACCUCACAACAGAUGAAAAUUGCGGUCGUUGAAGCAAUGGAUGAGCUCUUGAAGAUGGACACACCAGAACUGCUAAACCAUCGGAUGCUUAAGUUCCGUAAUCUCGGUGGGUUCCAAGAAGGACUCCCAGUGGAGCCUGAAAAGAAAGUCAACAUGAAAAAGAAAGGUAUACCCAUAACUCAAAAAGGAGAAACUGGAAGAACUCCUGACCUCGAAUUGGCAGGUGAGGUUCAAAAGCUGAAAGAUGAAAUUCUAAAAGCCAAGGAGUCAUCUAUCAAGCCUCCAGAGUUGGAUAUAAAUGAGAUGAUACAGAAAUUGAAGAAGGAGGUUGACCAGGAAUUUUCUGAGGCAGUUAGAGACUUGGGUUUAAACGGCAGGCUUGAGACACUGCGGGAGGAGUUUGCAAAAGCAAGAAGUUCAUCCGACCAACUAAUUGGUGUUAGUCUGAAGGACAAGAUUGAGAAGCUUAAACACGAGUUCAACCAGGGUCUGUCACUGGCCCCAAAUUAUGCUAGCUUGAAUACCAAGCUUGAUAUGCUGAAGGAAAUAUCUGAAGCCAAGAAACUAUCCAGUGAUCAAAUAAUAGCAUUGAAGAGGGAAAUCAAUAAGAGAUUCAAAGAGAUCAUGGAUCGGUCAGAUGUAAAAGAGAAGAUAGAGGCACUUAACACUGAUAUGGCAAAUGCUGGGUUGUCCACUGACAGGGAUCUAUAUUAUGGACUGAAAGAAAAAAUCAUGAAGGUGAAAAAGGAGAUAGAAUUGGAAUUGGCUGAUGUCAUCAAGUCCUUGAAGUUUGACAUAGUCUCUGUCGAAUCAAAAGCUAAAGACUCCAGUGAGCAAACAUCAAUCUUGGGCUUGAAGGUCAAAGUAGCUGAGUUGAAUGAAGAAAUAAAUAAAACGAUAGAAGGUGCUAUCAAUUCAUCAGAUCUGAAGAAUAAGAUAGAAAUGCUCAAGCUGUUGGUUGCAACAGCUGGAAAGACACCUGACAUUGAGUCAAAAAAUAAGAUUGAGGCUCUGAAUCAACAAAUCAAGCAGAGCCUCACAGAGGCUAUAAGCUCCUCAGGGUUGGUAGAAAAGCAUGAAAAGCUGAAGGAAGAGAUUGCAAAAACCAUUGAAUCUUCUGAAGGAUCUGAUGGAAGUUUGAGCCAGGGAACCCUAAAGCACUCUUUUGCUUAAUGUAAGUUCAUCUAACACUAAUUUGUUUCCAUUAUUUUGGAAGUUCCAUGGUUUCAUCUGAUGCAAAACACCGCUUGAAACCAGUCAUGGGGGUUUUCAUUUGCUUAUGAAUGAUGAGUGAUGGUGUAUCGCUGUAAGUGCAUGAUUUAGUGUCAAUUGCAAGCUAAAUUUCACCAACAAGAGCAUCAAGCUUUACCACUCCCUC